ACCCAAGGAUCACAAGUGGUGCCACUACCAGGGUAUUUGAGGUGGCAGUCCCUCGUAUGUCAAAGGGGCUGCCAGCUCUUGCUCAUUCAUGGCCAACUCCUCCCAGCUCAUUGUACCAAUUACCAACAGGCUUAGUAAUGUUUAUUGAAAUGCCGACUCCCAUCCUGGGCUAUGCCUUACUGGCGUUCGUGGUCUGGUAUAUCAUCUCAAGCCUCAGAAGUUGGUAUCCACUACGACACGUCCCUGGCCCAACUCUGGCCUCAUUCUCCUACCUAUGGGUAGCCACGAGGGUGCUCACCGGACGAGGCGCAGAGUACGAAAACCUUGCGAAGUACGGCUCCCUAGUCCGCACCAGUCCCAGAUACCUGGUCUCGGAUGAUCCGAAUGUGAUACGGCACCUCAACGGUGUCCGGAGCCAAGCCAAUCGGGACGAAUGGUAUUUCGGAGCCAAAUUCGACCCCAAACGCGACCACCUCCUGAGCUCGUUGAAGAUCAAGGCCCAUGAUAAAUUGAAAGCAAAGUCAGCUCAUGGGUACAGCGGACGUGAUAACGUGGACAUGGAAGGCGGAGUUGAUUCCCAGCUGUUGCACUUCUUGGAUAUCAUCCGGCAGAAAUAUCUCUCGGACGCUGGCACCACUCGGCCCUUCGACUUUGCUCAUAUUAUUCGCUACUUGACGCUGGACACUAUCACCAAAGUUGGCUUUAGUAAGAGUUUUGGAUUCAUGGACUCAAAAAACGACUUGUACGGCUACACCGACUCACUGGAACGGACAGUGGGUUGGAUUGCCACCGCUGGUGACGUACCCCUGCUACGACGUCUCUUCAUCUCUCCGAUAUCUGCCUAUUUCAUGGCGCCGAAGCCGACGGAUGAACGAGGACUUGGGAAACUGAUAGGUGUCUGCCAAGAAAUCACUCGCAGUCGUUUCGAGAAGAAGGACAGCGAUGCUGAAGAUAUGGUGGGAGCCUUCAUCCGUGGGGGGAUGACGAAGGAUGAGAUCGACUGCGAAACCAUCCUGCAGAUCGUUGCCGGCUCUGACACCACUGCAACUGCGAUUCGAUCAACAAUGUUGCACAUCAUUAGCACUCCAAGAGUGUACCAACGAUUGAAAGCCGAGAUCAAAGAUGCCGUGGAGUCUGGAAAAGUAUCAUCGCCCAUAACGAUGGGGCAGGCUAAGAAUCUUCCUUAUUUCCAGCAUCAUAUGGGAAGGCCUCCGCAUGCGCUCGCCCGCCGUGUACGGAUUCUACAAAGACAUCCCCCGGCGGGUGAAACCAUCAACGGCCUUUUUAUCCCCGGCGGGACGGCAGUCGGCUGUAACUUUGUCGCCAUGAUGCGGCUUAAAUCUGUCUUCGGCCAGGACUCGCAGGUGUUCCGUCCGGAACGGUUCCUCGAAGCCAGUGAAGAAAAAAGGAACGAGAUGAUUCGCACCGUUGAUCUCGCGUUUGGGCAUGGGCGUUGGAUGUGCGCGGGGAAGGUACUCGCUAUGAUUGAGUUGAAUAAGGUCACGUUUGAGUUAGUGAGAGCGUUCGAUUGGCAGUUGAUAUAUCCGGGACAGCCCUGGGAGGAGGUGGCUUACACCGUUUUUGUACAGAGGCACAUGUGGGUUAGGGUCACCGAGGCCGGAAAGGACUUGUAGUCACUUCCCGGGAUGCAACAGAUACGCGGAGAACGGAGAAUAUACAUUAUACUCAGCAUGUUAUAAGUGUAAAAGGUCAGUGACAAUGACAAAUGAACAUCGAUGACUCGGACGCAGUUUACGUCCCUCGUACAGCAGUCGUAAUUUGUACAAUUCAGAAAUUAGCCACCUCAUUCCCUGAAUAACCUUGGACAAGAAAACUACAGGUAUUAAUUAUUGACACUAUGAAUUCAUUUUUAUCUAGUUAUCGAAUUGCGGCAUGUUUGGCGAUAUCAAGUCCUGAAAAGGCGACUUGAAAACGAACUAUAUAUUUUCAUCCAG